GAUACUCUUCUAUUGUCGGGUGAAGUUUGUAUUAAUUUAUGAAAUAUGAAUGUUUCCUAAAAUGAAUAUUUUUACUACUUUCUUAAAAUAGAUUCUCUACAGUCAAAAUAUGAACUUGAACCCAAAGUUUCACUCACACUUUCAGUUAUCUUCUUCCUCCAUCUCCUCACCUCACCUCACAUAGCAGCGUGAGUGCCACUGUCUACCUUCACUCUCCACUCUAACCCUUCCUCCAUUCUUCUUCUAAGAGAAUAUCAAUAUGCAUUGUUUCUGUUUGGCAGAAAUGAUAAUAGCUACAAUGGCUUUAUUCUCAAACAAAUGAAUCAAUCAUUUUUCACUUUUUCAACAGUUUCCACUAUCAUUCAAGUAUAAAGUUUGUAAUCAAUCUAUGGUUUUGGAUAUGGAGAAAAGUAUUUAUACCUUUUUAACUCUACACCGUUGGGAGUCUCUGAAUCACAUGAAUUAUAGGUUGGGUUCUCUUAGGCCUGUUCAUGGAAUGUUAGCUUUGAAAUUCCUCAAUUGGGUCAUCAAGCAACCUAAUUUAGAGAUGAAACAUCUAACUCAUAUCAUUUCCACUACCACCCAUAUACUUAUUAGAGCUAGAAUGUACAAUUUUGCCAAAACAACGUUGAAACAUAUGUUACAUAUGCCUAUUGGUUUCAACAAUGUUUUUGGUGCUUUGAUGGAGACAUACCCUUUUUGUAAUUCAAACCCUGCUGUUUUUGACCUACUCAUUAGGGUUUGUUUGAGGGAAAAGAUGGUUGGAGAUGCUGUACAGACUUUUCACUUGAUGGGUUUUCGAGGGUUGAAGCCAUCAGUGUAUACUUGUAAUAUGGUGCUGGGUUCGUUGGUAAAGGACCAUAAGGUUGAUUUGUUUUGGUCCUUUUUCAAAGGAAUGCUUGAAAAGAAGGUUUGUCCGAAUGUUGCUACAUUCAAUAUACUGUUGAAUGCUUUGUGCGAACGUGGGAAGUUUAAAAGUGCUGGCUUUCUGUUGAGGAAAAUGGAAGGAAGCGGUCAUUUUCCAACUACGGUCACUUACAAUACUUUGCUUAAUUGGUAUUGCAAGAAAGGAAGGUAUAAGGAGGCGUCUGAGCUUAUUGACUCAAUGGCAUCUAAGGGUAUUGCGGCAGAUGUUUGUACAUAUAAUGUGUUGAUAGAUAAUUUGUGCAGAAAAAGCAGGAGUGCGAAAGCUUAUUUAAUAUUGAAAAGGAUGAAGAAGAAUAAGGUGAAUCCUAGUGAGAUAACAUAUAAUACUCUUAUUAACGGAUUUGUUAAGGAGGGGAAGAUUGGAGUUGCUACAAAAGUUUUUGAGGAGAUGUCAUCGUGUAACUUGUUGCCGAACAGUAUUACUUACAACACUUUGAUUGUUGGGAACUGUAGCAAUGGCAACAUUGAGGAAGCAUUGAGACUUUUUGACGUGAUGGUUGUGCAUGGUUUGAGACCUAAUGAAGUGACAUACGGAGCUCUUUUAAAUGGGCUAUCCAAGCACGCUGAAUUUGGAUUGGUUUCUAGUGUUCUUGAGAGAAUGAGGAUGGAUGGCACGAGAGUUGGUCAUAUAAGUUAUACGGCAAUGCUAGAUGGAUUGUGUAAGAACGGCCUGCUUGAAGAAGCUGUACAGUUGCUGGAUGAUAUGUUAAAAGUUUCUGUCAAUCCUGAUAUUGUUACGUUUUCAGUACUCAUUAAUGGAUUUCUCAGGGUGGGGAAGAUAAAUAAUGCAAAGGAGAUAAUGUGUAAAAUGUACAAGGCCGGACUUGUGCCAAACAGCGUUUUGUAUUCGACAUUAAUCUACAACUACUGCAAGAUGGGAAACCUUAAAGAGGCAUUAAAUGUUUAUGCAGUUAUGAACCGCAGUGAUCAUGUUUCAAAUCUCUUUACAUGUAAUCUAUUGGUUGCAACUUUUUGUAGAUGCGGGAGACUUGAAGAAGCUGAGUAUUUUAUGGACCACAUGUGCAGGAUAGGUCAUGAUCCUAGCUCUGUUACUUUUGAUUGCAUUAUAAAUAGUUAUGGAAAUUCUGGUGACACGUUAAAAGCAUUAUCUAUGUUUGAUAGAAUGAAUAAUUUAGGCUAUUUACCAAGUCAGUUCACAUACGAGGGUCUAUUGAGAGGACUUCUUAUUGGCGGACAUAUUAAUGAAGCCAAAAUACUUCUGAAUAGACUUAAUAGUAUUCCUUAUGCCAUUGGUAAUCUUUUCUACAACACAAUGCUUACUUUGGCUUCAAGAUCAGGAAAUUUAUCAAAUGCCGUUGCCCUUGUUAAUGAGAUGGUUGUGAAUAAUUUUGUGCCAGACAGUUAUACAUACACUAGUCUUAUUGCAGGACUAUGCAGAAAGGGUAAAAUGGUUGCCGCACUCCUUUUGUUGGGGAGGGCAACUGAAAAAGGAUUAUUAUCUCCAAAUCUUGCUGUUUACACUAGUUUAGUUGAUGGUCUUCUUAAGGAAGGACAUACAAAAGCUGCUUUAUAUAUUUUUGAAGAUAUGCUGAAUGAAGGUGUUCACCCGGAUACCAUUGCAUUCAAUGUUCUUAUGGAUCGAUACUCUCGGAAGGGGAAAAUGUCGAAGGUAAGUGAUAUCCUUUCAACAAUGAGGAGUAGAAAUUUAUGCUUCAACUUGUCUACUUACAACAUUCUCCUGCAUGGAUAUUCAAAGAGGAAUGACAUGUCAAGAUGUUCUGUGUUAUACAAUGACAUGAUCAGACAUGGUUUUGUGCCUGAUAGGUUAACGUGGCACUCUCUUAUUCUUGGAUAUUGCAAGUCCGGAUCAUUGGAUGUUGCUGUAAAAAUGUUAAGAAGGAUGAUGAUUGAAGGUUUCGAAGCUGAUUGUUUUACGUUUAACAUGCUUGUUAGUAAGUUAUGUGAACGGAACGAGAUAAAAAUGGCCUUUGAUUUGGUAAAACAAAUGAAUGUGUUAGGAGUUACUCCUGACGUAGAUACAUACAAUGCCCUUUUUAACGGAUUCAUUAGAACUUGUGCUUUUGAUGAAGCCCAUUGUAUUCUGCAAGCCUUGUUGGAAAAUGGUUAUGCUCCUACAUGUAAACAAUUUAUCACUUUAAUUAAUGGCAUGUGUAGAAUAGGAAAUAUAAAAGGAGCAAUGAAGCUGCAAGAUGAAAUGAAAACACUUGGGGUCAGCUCCGAAAGUGUUGCUAUGAGCGCUAUCAUUAGAGGGCUUGCACGUUCAAGGAAGACUGACGACGCUAUUCGCAUUCUUGAUAUCGUGCUUGAGAUGCAAAUCAUUCCAACUGUUGCUACUUUCACUGCAUUAAUGCACACCUAUUGUAAAGAAGCUAAUGUUGCUAAGGCAUUGGAGUUGAGGAGUUUGAUGGAACAAUGUCAUGUGAAGCUUGAUGUUGCUGCAUACAGCGUUCUUAUAUCUGGUCUAUGUGCCGAUGGUGAUAUUCAAACUGCUUUUAAACUUUAUGAAGAAAUGAAACAAAGUGAUCUUUGGCCUAAUACUUCUAUAUACAUGGUUCUUAUUGAUUCAUUUUGUGCUGGAAAUUAUCAUAUUGAGAGUGAAAAGCUGUUGAGAGAUUUACAGACCAGAGAAUUGAUGUCUUUAGAUUUGUAUGGAGGCACUGAAAGACUUAAUGAAUUAUUGAUGAUUGCAAGGAAAGAAUUAAUUCAUAUGAGGUACAAAACAAGAAGAAAAUAUGGCUAAUCGCAGGAUGGUUUUUUCUGUUUCUAGAAUGUAAGUUGAUGAAGAGGAGAUUGAUGACCUACCACCUCAAAAUUUAGACCUUCAAAAAUAGCUGAAUGUAAUCCUAAGAUUACAGAAUAUGUUGCAGCUGCACAGUGCAGACAGAAGCUGCAUGAUGAAGUUCUAGAAGAGUGGGAGUUGUCGUUUCUCGAUUCUGCACUUGUUCAAGUUUUUAUGUCAUCGUGUGUACCAUAAAGAAAUAUUUUCAGUCUCGUGAUCAUGAGGGAAAAGUGAAGGAAGGUGCAAAAAGUUCUGGAGUUCCUCUAGUGAGUGGAAAGUAUACAUAUUAUCGCAAGAAGCUGCCACGGAAAGAGUUUGGCUCCUGUCAGUCUGUUGUAAAAGAUGAAUCAGGGCCAGAGAGGAAAGCAGUCUCUGGCUAAGUUAAGGAAACUUGUUUUUCAAAAUAGUUGCUAUUAUACAUGGAAAGGCUAGAAGAAGUAUACAUCUUCUAAAACUAGCCAGAAAGUAUUGAAGUUUGCGGUUAUUCAGAUGAUGUUACGAAUGUUUUGAAGUCCAAUGAGAAGAGGCUUUCUGCGUCAACUGAUAAUAGUGUUAGCAUGAAGGUGGUAAAAAGCAAUAACUCUGAUGGCACCACUGAAAGGAAGAACACUGGUCAUAUCUCCAGAGAGAAACUAAUUGCAACAAAUAAAGUAUCAAAAUAAAAAAGGAAUCUUAAAACACAUGGUGUGACGUCAUCACAUCCUGCUAAGGUUUUGAUAAUGGUGAUAAUGCUUUUAGGCAAGUCCGGCUGUAUUUAUCAUUGCAUUUUGUUCAAUGUCAUGUACAAAUUGCCAUUUUGCAGUUUCUAGCUGUAUUCAUGAUUUUGCUUUUUGUUCGAUGUCAUGUAAAAAUUUCCUUUCCUUUUUGCAGUUUCUACCAAAUGCAUAAUGUUUUGAUUCUAGACUUUCAAUUUUCAUAUAUGGAAAAAAGGGCUUGUAGUUUCUUAUUGCUUGUAUUCUUAUAAAGGAGGUUUUCUUAUAAUAUUUGAUAUUUAUAAUAUGUAUCAUUUUUGGGUCGGGUUUCAGUA